CUCACUCCGAGCACAGUCGAGUGCGGACCAUGCGGACGGAUGACUGGGAUAGACGAACGGAGCGCGAUGUGUGCGUGAGUGUGCUCAGACCGGGCUCGGAUCAGUCGGAUUCGGAAUCAGAAUCGCAGCAUAGACCACGUGAGCAAAAGUUAGAGAGAGACGGAAGAUACAUGCAUGCAAGCGAUGCAAACGUGCGUGUAUGUACAUAUAAACAUAAACAGAUGCGGUGACUGUGGGGAGUAAUGCAAUUUGAUCCUCUUCAUCCUCUUUAUUAAGUAUUCAUUAUAAAACCGAUCUUUUAUAAUGUCCAUCAUAUUAUAAAAUUCGAGGAAGUUGCGGUAAUUACGUGAUUAUUGCAUCGUUAGUUUUGAGUGAACGAAAUUAAGCAGUGUAUUACUGUUGGAUUUUUUCGGCAAGAUGAUGAAUGCUGUAAUUCCGAAGGUGAAACGGACAGUGAAAGGGGCUCAAACAGCGUGGAAAGCAUUAAAUGGAGUGUUUGCUGUUUACAAACCCCCAAACGUUACGUAUUUAAACGCACGGGACACCAUACUUUAUCGUCUCUGCGAAGAUUUAAAUAGUAUGCAUGUACGUCCUCCAAUCACACACGUGCGCAUAGAAGGUGAUACAACCAAGACGAUGAAGGUGAUUGCACAUCCAAGUUAUGGAGAUCAUCCAUUAGUUGUAGGUCCGCGAUAUCAACCUAAAGACAUCAAAUUAAAUUGUGCUAAUUACCUGAGCAAACAUAUGUCGGGGCUCAUGGUCUGUGGUAUUAACAACGGUACUAAAUGGGUUCACAAAUUAAAAGCUUCCCAGUCUCCGACUAGUUAUAGAAUUAAAGGCCUCUUAGGUCAAGCAACAGAUACAUACUUUAUAACUGGAAAAAUUGUCGAGAAAUCUACAUAUAAGUAUAUUAAACGUAGCGCAAUGGACAAAAUAUGUGCUUCUAUGCAGGCUGCUCAUCAGAGAAAGAUGUUUGAAUUAUGUGGAGUGGAUAUGCAAAGUCAAACGGCAUACGAGUUGGCUGUACAAGGCCUGGUGAGACCUGUCGACAGAAACAUUCCAAUGAUAUAUAACAUGAAAUGUAUAGACUUUAAAUCUCCUGAAUUCACAUUAGAAAUUGUUUGCAUAAACGAGGACGACAUGUAUUUGAAAACAUUGAUUCAUGAUUUGGGAAUGCAACUCCACAGCGUCGCUACAUGCACUCAAAUACAGUGUUUUAAGUAUGCGUUAUUCGAUCUAAAUCUUGCCCUGUUGAAAAAACAUUGGGAGUUGGAAAAUAUCUGUAAUAAUAUUGAUCAAUGUAACACUGUAAUUAAUCAAAAUAGGGAUUUAUUGGAACAAGACAAUCCAAUAUUAACAGAACGAAGUAAAUAAUUGUAAUUUUUUCCAAAAUGUAACAAAAUGUACAUACUAAAAAUAGGCUACAUAAAUUGAUAGACAAAAAA